UUUUGCGUCUUGUUCUUCGAGUUGUACGGACGUGUGCGUGGCGUGCCUCUUUUUAGCUUAAAUAACUAAAUAAGCAACCUUUAAUGUGAUCGUGCAGUGUCAAGUGCCGUAGGAGAAGCGCAAAAGCAAGAGAAAUACCUAAAUGUCCAUUUGAUCAAAUGAAAUAAAUUUUUAAAAUUUUCUCUUCUCCUUUUCAUAUUAGUCUAUGUUUUGUGCAUUGCGAGAGCGAGCGAGUGUAUAAAAAAACGCGUGUGCUCCCAUAGUGAUUGUAUUGACUUGUACUUGUGUGUGUGAGAGAAACAACUGGAGGAUCGGCCGACCGACAUUGGAAAAGCAGACUCGGCACAUCUAUUGAUAAGAAAGAGAGCAACAAAUUAAAUUUUAAGCAUUUAAACUGAAAACUAGAGGAAAAUAAACGGAAGGAAGAAAACAUGACUGAAGUCGAGCAACCGCCACAAAAUGGCAUAGACCCAACCGCCGGCAAUCACGACGAGGACAGAGCGCGUCCCGCGGACAUUGAACAGGAUAUGCGCGAAAUGGAGCGCCGCAAACGCGUCGAGGCCAUCAUGGGCUCGAGGCUGUUCCGCGAGGAACUGGAACGCAUCGUCGAUUCGGCCCGUGAGGGUGGUGGCGGAGCCAGCGGCAUACUGCAGCAGCUGUCGGACAUUGUGGGUGUGCCGGUGAGCCGUGGCAGCGCAUUCAAGAGCAGCAGCUGCAUGGUGCCCAUCAAUGACAUACGCGGCGUGGAGUCCAUGGGCUAUGCCAAGGGCGAGAAAAUUCUCCGCUGCAAGCUGGCUGCCACAUUCCGUCUGCUGGAUUUGUACGGCUGGACACAGGGUCUGGGGGCACAGAUCACCGCACGCCUAAAGGUCGACCAGGAGUAUUUCCUGGUUAAUCCGUACGGCCUGCUCUAUCACGAAGUCACUGCCUCGGCGCUAAACAAGGUGGAUAUGCAGGGUCAGAUUGUGGAGCAGGGCACCACCAACUUUGGCGUGAACAAGAGCCACUUUGUCCUCCACUCGGUGGUGCAUGCAGCACGCCCCGACAUUCGCUGCGCCAUCUACAUUGGCUGCAGUUCAGUUGUUGCCAUCUCUUCGCUGAAGACCGGCCUGCUGCCACUCACCAGGGAUGCCUGUGUAUUGGGCGAGAUCACCACGCACGCGUACACGGGUCUGUUCGAUGAGGAGGAGCGUAACCGCCUUGUCCGCAGCCUGGGGCCCAACUCCAAGGUCAUACUGUUGGCCAAUCACGGCGCCCUAUGUUGCGGCGAGACCAUCGAGGAGGCCUUCUUCGCCGCCUGCCACAUUGUGCAGGCGUGCGAGACGCAGCUGAAGCUGCUGCCCGUGGGUGUGGACAACCUGGUGCUUAUUCCGGAGGAGACGCGCAAGAUCAUCUACGAGCAGUCGCGCCGGCCCCCAGAGGACCUGGAGAAGAAGUUUGCCGCCGUCACGGCUGCCGAGGAUGGAGGAGCCACUGCCAAGGAGCCCGCUGUCGCCGAACAGGCAGCACCCACGCCCAAAAUAGGCAGUCCGCCCAAGUGGCGUGUUGGGGGAGCCGACUUCGAGGCCCUUAUGCGCAUGCUGGACAAUGCUGGCUAUCGCACAGGCUACAUCUACCGCCAUCCCCUGAUUAAAUCGGAUCCCCCCAAGCCCAAGAACGACGUGGAGCUGCCACCGGCCGUGUCAUCUCUGGGCUAUCUGCUUGAGGAGGAGGAGCUCUUUAGACAGGGCAUCUGGAAGAAGGGAGAUCUGCGCAAAGGAGGCGACCGCAGUCGCUGGCUAAACUCACCGAAUGUGUAUCAGAAGGUCGAAGUCCUGGAGACCGGCACCCCCGAUCCCAAGAAAAUCACAAAGUGGGUUGCUGAGGAUUCACCCACCCAUUCGACGCCCGUAAGGAUCGAAGAUCCGCUGCAGUUUGUGCCAUGUGGAACGAAUACCAAGGAGUUUAAGCGCGUGCAACAGCAAAUCAAGGAUAACCGACGUGCGGAUAAAAUCUCAGCUGGACCACAAUCUCACAUACUGGAGGGCGUGACCUGGGACGAAGCGAACCGCAUCAAAGAUGCCACUGUCUCGCAGGCCGGUGAUCAUGUGGUGCUAAUGGGUGCCGCCUCCAAGGGCAUCAUUCAGCGAGGCUUCCAGCAUAAUGCGACUGUAUACAAGGCGCCCUAUGCCAAGAAUCCCUUCGACAAUGUGACCGACGAUGAACUGAAUGAGUACAAGCGGACGGUGGAGCGCAAAAAGAAGAGCAUUCAUGGCGAAUAUACCGAUACGGAUUUUUCGGAAUCAGAGGCUCUUAAUUCGAUGCAGGCAGCAGGAGCUUUAGCUCAUGCAAAACAUGCACAGAGCGAACCAGAGACGGAACACCAAAUCAUACAGAUUCAAACGCAACAGGCGCCCAUUCCCAGCCAAGCGGAAGUUGUUUUAAGCGAUGGUUUGCAAGUCCAUGAGAGGUCGUCCAUGGGUGAGGAGACACCCCACAGUCCGGAUGCGAACAACAACGAGCAUGAGGUGGACAAGGAGAACAACCAACUGCCGAAUAGAAGCGUCUCUUCGACUAGCAAGUGUCGCCGCGAUCUAUUCCCAGCCCCAAAAAGCGAUCCUCCUACGAUUGAAUUAGAUAUGGGGUCGGUCUCUGGGUCUGGGUCCGGGUCUGGGGUUGGGGUUGGGGUUGGCGACUUGGCACAGCACCUGGUUACUGCCCAACAGGGGCAGGACCAGCUUUAUUCUUAUGUAUAUGCAGCAUCUGCCGCCGCCUCCUUGGCGCAAUGCUCUCAGCCGGAGAUUUGCUCGGCCCUGCUGAGGACCCUUCAUGCCGAGCAGUUGCUCAAUCUGGCCACCUUUUAUCGCUGCUCGAAUGGCCCCUCCAGUACGGGCACGGGCACGACCACGACCACGAGCACAGGCUCCACCAGCACAGUUCGGCGCCCACUUGAACCGCCCAACGGCAAUCUUAAUCCCUUGCCGUACCGAACACUUUCGCAUUUUGGAUUCCAGUCGCCCCGGCAGAUACCAUCCAUGUCCCACAAGCAUCUGCCCGACCAGCGUUACGGUUUCGCCGCGCUGGGCUAUCGGCCCAUGCAGCGGGCCAUCAGCUACGAGGAGAUCUUCGCCAGUCCGCGCUACGAGCAGCUCUGCCAGCCGUGCAUCGACCAGCUGCUGCGCCUCAAGCCGGAGUUGCAGCGGCUGCGCGGAUCCAACAGUUGCUGCUGCGAGGAGGAGCUGGCCAGCAUGCCCAGCAGCUCUGUCACGCCCAAGCAGCGAAGACUGGCACCACUGCCCGAGAUACCCGGCAUUCCGCAUCAAGAUGCUAGCACGCAGACGCCGCUUCGGUCCACACACUUUCUCAGCGAAAUCGAACGCUUCAACUUCUCCGAUGAGUCGACAAAUGUGGGCUUCACGCCAGGUCUGGCUGCCAUCACCAGUGACUUUAGUUUGCCAGGCUUGGAGGGCAGCCCGGGCGCCAGUGCGACGAGUGCACCGCCGGCCAGAGUUUAUCCCGCAAAGGAGCCGGGAACGGGUAUGGGUACGGAAACUAACAUAACCGAGGUGUGGAACUUUGGCAACUGGCAGCAGCCAGCGGAGCAGAAUCCAGCGGAUGCUGCUGAAGGGAAGGUGGUGGAGUUUCGCCAACAGCCGCUCACCGAGCGUCGUAUUACCCUGGAGAUUACGCAGCACUUCCAGCCGCCUGGGGAGGAGCACGAACAGGAGCAAGAGCAAGAGCAGGAGCAGGAGCGCCAGCUAAUGACACGCGAUGAGCGCCAGCGGCGCAAGUCCGAAUUCCAAGAGCUCUGGCAGGAUCACGUCCAGUACUUUGGGGACAAGGAGAAGGUGCAACAGGAGCCGCCGUCGAAAGUAGAGCACACCCUGAAAAUGAGCCUGGAUGAGCAGGAGGUUAGGGCUUUGCGGGCCAAUGGCUGGCUGGGCCAUGAGGGGGAGCCAGCGACGGAAGAGAAUCAAGCUGAACAUCCGAUGGCCGAAGCUGUGUCUGCUGUGUCUCUCCCUUCGCACGACGACAAUGCCGCGCAGAUCGACAGAGCUACUCCCGAUGCGGCCGAUGAGCUGCCGCAAAUGCUGAAAGAUUUCGAGGAGAGCCUCAGCCUGGCCGGCGAAAAUCUGCAGAAACUGGUGGCAACCACCAAAAAGCUGCAAUCCCUGCAGGUGGAGGCUGCUGAAGAGCCAGAAACAGGUACCCUCUUCCGUUCGAUCAGCUUGGAGAACAUUCCCAAUGCGAGCGACUCGGUGUGCCUGGUGGAACGGAUGGUGGAGCUAGACCUGGACAUGAGCGAUUCAUCAAACGAAUCCAUCAACAACUUGGAAGAGAAGCAUGACGAUGAGAAGCCGGUCACACCCGUUCUGAACGACCCGGAAGAGGCCACGGAAAAGGAGAAGGUCCAGAUUGAACGCAACGAUGAGAAGGAUGUCGAUGAAAAUGAAAAUGAGACAGAUGGCGAGGGCGAGGGCGUGAUCGAGAUGGAAGGCGUCACCAGUAGCUUUCAGUCGGCAGAAGCGACUGAGGCAGAGCACUUCCAUGGGGCGGAGAUCCCUGUCAGAUACCAACCGCCACAGGACAGCGAAACCUUCUCACCGCUGGAGCUGGAAAUCCUGGAGCGCAUCGAGGUGGACAAACUCAGCGAGAGCGAGCCAAUCUUUGGCAAAAUUGAUCACAGCAUUCGCAACAAGCUGACGCCCAAGAAGCUGCAGCAUCUGGUCCGCGAGGAGAUAUUCCGCACCUGUACGCGCGUCUACACCCGUCCGAGUCCGAUCUCACCCAGCACCACCUCUUCCCUGUCCAUGCACAACAUCAGUGCUCCGUGUAGUUCCACGGCCCAUACGCACCUGCUGACGCGACCCUGUCCUCGACUAUCGCAAUCCUUGUCGCAUCCCCAACAGCAGCAGCAGCAGGAGGAGCGACAGGAGGAGCAGCAGGAGCAGUCGGACGAGAGGGACACCCCAUCGAGUACCCCUCUGCAGCGUACCAUCUCCUCCACGACCUUCGUGUGCCGUCGCAGUACCCACAGGAAGCGCAAUUUCAUCCAGGAGAACAUACGAAAUGUCGCAAAAACGCGAUCGGCCAUAAAGCCCUCAAGCAGUUCGAUCCAAAAGUCGAAGAGUCUCGCCCAGCCCACUAGCACUGCCAGUUUGUCGUCCGUGUGCACCUUUGAGAUCGGCCAGAGGGAAAACGGGUCGCGUCUUUGGGUGUCCCUACCCACGCCACCGCGUGCACCCGUUAACCAGAAGCGGCAUUUUGCCACCAGUCCAAACACUCCGCGACAAUCGCCACGCAGUCCGUACUCGCCACGGGGCAAGCGACGCAAGGCGGGGGUUUUUCUUACGCCUGUGCGUCGCUGUGCCAUGAAUCCGGCCGUGAAUCUUGAUCUGAUCUCCUCGGACACAUCGCUCAGCUACUCGUUGAACCGCACCCUCUCGAGCAGCACGUUCUGUGUGAGCCCCGAGGCGGAUAACGUUUCCACAACCACAUUCGAGGUGGACUGCAGCCAGGAUCAGGCGCAGGCGCACGAGCAGGAGCUGGAGGAUCCGAGUGUCUCCACACAAAAUGAAUCUUCAGCGGCAACGCGAGCAGAAUGCCAGAAUGGGAAUGCCAGCACCAGCAGCAUGUACUACAGUGCCAGUGACAACACUCAGGAUCAGGAAUCGGUACGAUCUGUCGAGAACGGGGGAGAGACAUCCUUUACAAGCGAUAAUGCAACGGAGGAGGAGACGACUACCAAUGAUAUCCAGGCGAAUGGAGACACAGAUUUGGAGAAGAGCUCCUCCCAAGUGAAAGAAGCAGACACUGAGACAUCCUGCAACAGCUCUGAAGGGAUGCCAUCAAUUGAGGUGGAGGUUCAUGUGGAAAGUUGUCAGACAAGCCAAGAUCCUGCUGAAGAGAAUUCAUCCUCGUUGGACGAAUAUCGUCAAACGAGUAUGAAAGAAACCCCCGUGGAGGCCGCCGACUCGAAUGUUAGUAGCUCCACUUCAUUCAAAAGUGUCCUCGAAAUGUCCCCUCAAAGUGGAGUCGGAGACUCGGAAACAACUCUAAUAACAAAUCAGUCUGAGUGCUCCGAUGGCGAGGCAGAUGAAACGAACGACCCCGAUACUAAAACAACUUCCGAUGACGGGGAAAAAGAAUCCAGCGUUGUCGAUGGAGAGCUACAGCGGAUUGAAACUGGCUCUAUGGAGGAUUAUCCCACUGAAACUGGGGCCCCGACGCAUGAGGAUGAAAUUUCUGGCAGUGUGGACGAGGAGAUACCUUCAAGUGGCUUAGAAUCCAAUUCAAUGCUCACCGAAGAGGAACUCCGCGAACUGGCCGGCGGUGGCGGCUAUGAGGAUACCCUCGAAAUGGUCGUCGAGGAGGGCGACGAGGAGCAGGAGGGAGGGAUGACCCCCCAGAGCAGUGCCGUUGAGGUGAACUCGUCUGGCUAUUCACUGGGGAAAGUCUUUGAGAGCCAUAUGAUUCAUCAAAGCAUGAAGAUUCAGAAGCACAGUUCGGUCUGCAGCGCGGACGACAGCAGCAUUGAGGCAGUUAUCCCUGAAUGUGGAAAAGAUGACGAAAAACCAGAGACCUCAAAGGGAAACAAGAAACGCAAGACUGGUGGAGCGGUAACCGUCUCCUCGGAUGAUGAUGAGGAUGAUGAUGAGAAAGUAGUUCUGUCAACGAGUUGCACUUUACACGGCAUGCAAAUCCAUGUGUGGGAUGAGAAGAAAGAAGAUAUGACAAAUAAAGAUGAUGAAGAUAACGAUAAGUGAACGGAUCCAACUGAUUUAGAGUCAACACAGAGCCGAGCAAAUCCCCAAAAUACAUAAAUAUAUAUUUCUACUCAUUCCUAUCCACUUUUAUUCACUGUUUUUCUCUACUCAUUUGCUGUGUCCAAACUGUCUGCCAGUCUGCCCCCCCUCUCUCAAAUCUGUCAGAUAUUUUCUAUUUUUGUAGGUCUUUAAGGAAGAGCCAUCUUCUUACCGUUCUUAGCUAAGGCUUGGCAAUGAAAGGAAUUUUGAGUUUUAAACACUUAUGCACUUUUAACACACACACACACACACACACACACAUAUGUAUUCUAAUCACUUCAUUUACGCUAACCUAACCCAAAAGUACAAUU